ACACACUAGAUGAAGCAGCACCAGGCAGCACAGUUUUGGCUGCUCUGGCACAUAUUUCUUUACAGCGUCUUGAGCAAACCAUGUGCCCCGUUUAACUGUAAAAAAGGAAGUCGUAUAAAGAAAGGAAACUGAUCGUAUGAAUGCAAAUCUGCAGAUCACACUGGUAGGCAGACGCUCUGCAACCACACACUCAGUCACAGGACUGAGGCAGCCCUGAAAACACACAUUAAACUGGAAGUACGAAGAGGCACAAGACACACAGGAAGCAACUUUAUGGACUUUAUGUAACAGAAAUCCAGCAAAAGAAACAUGGCGGGUCACUUUAUCUCCCUCUGGCUUGCUUCUGCAAUCUCAUUUCCUUUACGUUAAGUGAGCAUCAUAGGACGCUGAGGACAAAAGGAUCCACACGCCUCUGCAGAACUCUGCCCUGUUGUUUUGUUUUGGACUAAAGAUCAGAUUUUUGAUUCAGAAGACAAUCUGGAAGAAGACGGCUCAUUUGUGAUCUCUCAAACUAGAAGUGAAGAUGAAGAAGUCAGAGAUGUUUGGCUUCACUCUGGAGGCCGACGACAGGACAGAGGAGGAGAAAUCCCAACGAAAAGGGGGCAAGAAAGACGGUCUUGCUUCUGCUCUGGGUUUGAGCGAGGACGGCCCUAAGGCCCCCAUGGACACUGAUUACCAGGAGGAAAUGGAGGAGACCAAACCUCAAAUAAGAUUCAAUCUCAACUUUGACAAAGGGAUUCGAGGUGAGCAGCAGCCCGACCGCAGGAGAGACAGUAAGACGUUUAACAUCGAUAGAUUGUUUGAAGCAGUGGCCAGCAGGGAUGUCAGAAAGCUGGACGGCCUGCACCAGUACCUGCACCAGAACAUGAAGAAACUCUCUGACUCUUUGUAUCAGUCCCAUGGUAAAACCGCCCUCAUGAAAGCUCUUCUGCACAUCAAAGACGGCAAGAACGAGACCAUCGAAGUAUUAAUAGACAUAUCAGAGAGGAUGGGCGACAUUACGGAGUUUGUAAAUGCAGCUUUUACCAGCAACUAUUACAAGGGUCAGACAGCCCUGCAUAUAGCCAUUGAGAGGAGGAGUCUUGCUUACGUGAAGCUGCUGAUCAAUAAAGGAGCAGACGUCCACGCUAAAGCCUAUGGGAAAUUCUUCCAGCCACAUGACGGCCCCAACUUCUACUUUGGUGAGCUGCCUCUCUCUCUAGCAGCCUGCACCAACCAGCCUGAUGUGGUGGACUUCCUCAUGGAGAAUGAGUACCAGCGGACGGAUGCUAAGCUGACAGACUCUCAAGGCAACACGGUGCUGCACGCCCUGGUGGUGGUAGCUGACAACUCAAAGGAGAACACAGAAUUCAUCACCAGCAUCUACGACCACAUCCUCAAGACGACCGCUCGACUGCAUCCCAAGCUGAAGCUGGAGGACAUCAAGAACCGCAAGGGCCUGACACCUCUCAGAAUGGCUGCCAAGACUGGCAAGAUUGGGCUGUUUUCACACAUCCUUCAACGGGAGUUCCAGGAGAGUCACACCAAACAUUUGUCCCGUAAAUUCACUGAGUGGGUGUAUGGACCGGUCCACUGCUCCCUGUAUGACCUGGCCUCUUUGGACUUGUAUGAGGACAAGUCGGUUAUAGAGAUCUUGGUCUAUGGUAGUGACAUUCCUAACCGACACGAGAUGCUGGAGACGGAACCUCUAAGCCAACUACUUGAGAACAAGUGGAAGAAAUUUGCCGGCCGAAUGUUUUUCUUUAACUUUCUGGUCUACCUCUUGUACCUGAUCAUCUUCACUAUUGUAGCCUACAAUAAGAAGAAUGGACCGCCACCGUUUCCCAUCGAGCACAACAUGUGGGGUUACCUGUAUGUUUCAGGCCAACUGCUGAUGACACUGGCAAACUUCUAUUUCUUUUUCAUAGGGAUCGUAGACAUGAAGAGAAAAAAUCCAAAGCUGCAGACCCUGCUGAUUGAUGGAUAUUAUGAGAUUCUGUUUUUUGUGCAGGGCGUUCUCUUCCUGGCCUCCGCUGGGCUCUACCUGUGUGGGCGGCUGGAGUAUCUCGGCUUCCUGGUGCUGUGUCUUGCUCUCAGCUGGUUGAACCUGCUUUACUACUCCAGGGGUGACAGACACAUGGGCAUCUACAGCGUCAUGAUACAGAAGAUGAUCCUCAGUGAUAUCCUGCGCUUUCUUUUUGUCUACGUUGUUUUCCUCUUUGGGUUUUCAGCAGCGGUCGUCACCCUGCUCAUAGAGCCUCAGCCUCCUGUGAAAAACAUCACUCAAGCGAAGAAGAGCCGUUUCUAUGAUCACCCUGAUGAAAAUGCCAAUCAAGAAAAUGAGCCGUGUUUCAAACCCAGCUUCAGAAACAUCUCCUACACCACGCUGCAGCUCUUCAAGUUCACCAUCGGUAUGGGCGACAUGGAGUUCACCCAGGGCUACCAGUACAAGGAGAUCUUCUAUGUGCUCCUGAUCGGCUACAUCAUACUCACCUACAUCCUGCUGCUCAACAUGCUCAUCGCCCUGAUGAACCGCACCGUGGAGAAGAUCACCAUGGAGAGCGCCAGCAUCUGGAAGCUACAGAGGGCUGUCACCAUCCUGGACAUGGAGAAACGGCUGCCCGACUGUCUGAAGAAGAGGUUUCGCUGUGGGGUGGAGAUAAAACUCAGCACUGCUCUCGGAGACGACCGCCGCCAGUGUUUCAGAGUGGAGGAAGUCAACUGGAACAAAUGGAACAUCAACCUGAGUAAAAUCAAUGAGGAUCCUGGGUGUUGGGAUCGUGUCCAGCAGCUGACCCCAGACACCCCGCCGAACCGACCCAGAGGGAGGAGCUGGAGAGGCUUUUUCACAGAGGGCAGUAGGCGGUGGCGGGCUUAUCAGUCCACAGAGAUGAGCUCCUCACCGGUGUAAAGAGCCAACAGGGAGCUUCACUCUGGCUGCUCAGCAUGACUGACCUGAGCAACGAGGCAUUCAAACCUAAAGACAGUAUCCAGUUUCAGUUCCCCCAAGAAAUUCACCUGCCAAAUGUGUGAACUGCUUCUCUGACUGACUAAUGCUCCAGCGUGUCAGCUUGAUUUGAAAUUUCAUCUUCAAGACAGUUAAUCACCAAGUUGAGCAGCGAUCAGGAAAACAUUGUGAACAUUUGUGCAUUUGACUGACAUGAUGGUGUUAAAAAGUAGAAUUUAUCACUGCUGCAACAAGUGCUGCUUAAAUGCCAAAGAAAUCCUGCAUUUUAAAUUAAACAUUUAAUCCAAAAGGCUUCUUCGCAUGCUGCGUCUACACGUGAACAGGAUGCACAUCCUCUGCACAAAGGCCACAACCUGCUGGCACCUCUGGCAUCACUCAAAAUCCUUCAUGGAGUAAUACUGAUCACGAAGGUGCUGAUCCUGCCCUCCCGCUGUGUGCCCUUUAUACAAGUCCCAUUUUCAUCACAGCCAGACAAGCUAAAUCUACUGCGGCCAGAUAGUCCUGCAGAUUUCACAGCUUGCUUUGUCUACUCUACUUCCUAUUGCUGUUUGGCAGAGGCAGGCCUGUAUAAAUGGCAUGACGGCACAGCAAUUGGUGCAACAAUCCCCACCUUCAGCAGAAGCUGUCACAGUUACAAAUUAUAUGUGGUUUAGAUGGGCCCUCUGAAUUGUGCAGUUACUCGUGAGGCUGAUUAUGGAAGAGACAAGUGUGUGAAU